AUGACGGUCGUCUUCGAAGCCGUACCUGCGCCAUCUCAGGCGCGUCUCGAUGCCUCGCUGAACGACGCGCCCCUGGACACAGAGAAGCUCGUGUCGCAACAAUCGACGGCAACGCAAGAGAAGGCCGAGAAGGCCAAGACGGUGCUGUACCUGGCAUAUGGCUCGAACCUGUGCAACGAAACCUUCCGAGGCGUGCGCGGCAUCCGUCCGCUUUCACAAGUCAAUGUCCUUGUUCCCUCGCUGAGGUUGACCUUCGACCUGCCCGGUAUCCCAUACAAAGAGCCCUGUUUUGCCAAUACAGCGCUGCGGGAGCCGGACGCGCAGGACUACCACAAGGACCGAUGGCACAAGGGCUUGGUGGGCGUCGUGUAUGAGGUGACGCUCUCUGAUUACGCGCACAUCAUCGCCACAGAGGGCGGGGGGAGUGCCUACAACGAUAUCCUAGUUGACUGCCAUGUGCUGCCACCCUCGGACACGGUCCCCUCUACACCCGAUUCGAAGCCGUUCAAGGCCCACACACUCUUCGCGCCCAUUAUAGACCGAGAAACCAAGCAACGAACCACUGACCGUGUAACGCGACCCGACCCUAGCUAUGCGCAGCCUUCGGCACGAUACCUCAAGCUCAUAACCGAUGGCGCCGCCGAAUGCAAACUUCCCGACGAGUAUCAAGAAUACCUAAACAAUAUACGCACAUACACAAUCACAACCAAGAAGCAGGAAAUGGGAAAGGCUAUUUUCCUGGCCAUCUGGAUGCCCUUCGUCAUGUUUAUCUUCACAAUGGGGAGGAAGCUGCAAGAUAAGAAGGGGCGGUCACCUUGGUGGCUGGCAAAGCUCAGUGCCAUGAUCUUUGCGGGUAUGUGGACCAGUUACGACGGUGUUUUCAAAGGAACGUUUGGCGAUGGGGAGAGGACAAUAGGUGAUUCGUCUAAGAACAACAUCACCUUGCCAUCGCCAUCCGAGGAUGUCUCUUACACGUCUCCUGCAACACUCACCGAACGCUAUUCACAUUUCACGAACCUCGAUGAUUUCCUGGCGUACUACUAUCGUGGCAUCGCAGUCGUAGUGCACCAAGAGGAUUUUGAGAUGCUUGCGUGGGAGUAUUUCACCACUGCAGCCAAGGAUGGAGUUCGUCAUGCGGAGGUUUUCUUCGACCCGCAGAGUCACACGGAAAGAGGAAUUGAUUUUGAUGUUGUGGUACGUGGCUUCAAUGCCGCAAGAGUACGGGCGGAAAAAGAGCUGGGAAUAACGAGUCGCUUGAUUAUGUGUUUUUUGAGGCAUCUGCCUGCUAGUUCCGCGGCGGAGACCAUGGCAUUGGCCGUCAAGGGCGGGCACUUUGAUGUCAAGAGCGACAGCCAGGAGCGCGCUAUUACUGGACUUGGGCUGGACUCGUCAGAGGUUGGAUUUCGCCCAGAACUCUUUGUAGACAUGUAUCGCGAGGGCGAAAAGAGAGGUCUACGGAGGACAGCUCAUGCGGGUGAAGAGGGUGACCCAACUUACAUUAGCGGAGCACUUGAUGCGUUACAAGCCGAACGCAUCGACCACGGCAUCCGUCUCACAGAAGAUCCCGAACUGCUUAGCCGAGUGGUAAAAGAGGAGGUACUGCUGACUGUUUGCCCUUUGAGCAAUGUCUGCCUCCAGGCUGUGGAAAAGGUCAGCCAAGUGCCAAUCAAGACAUUCCUCGAUGCAGGUGUAAAAUUCAGUAUCAACAGUGACGACCCAGCGUACUUUGGUGGAUACAUAUUAAACAAUUAUUGCGCGGUGCAAGAGGCCUUCGAUUUAAGCAUGGAGGAAUGGAGGACAAUCGUUAGCAAUUCGAUUCACGGCAGCUGGAUAGGAGAGAAGCGAAAGUCUGAACUGUUGGGCCUGCUCGAAGCUUGCAUGAACAAGCAUGCUUAG